UUGUUGUGUGUUGGCAGGAUGCAGGCGCUGAGGUCUCGGUAUUCAAGCGCGUCGCUGGAGUCGAGGAGCAAGACAAGGGCCCGAAUGGAAGCUCCGCUUCCUGAAAGGCCAUCCACUGACACAAUCAAGGGCCGCCCUUCUCUUGCGGAGGAACUAGACUUUGUCACCAUCGACGCUAUCCCAGGCAACCCUCCUAUUCCGCGCGACAAGGCGUCUCGUAUAUUAGGGGUCGCUCACCGUGCGUCCAUGGAACCCAUUCCUGCCUCUUCUCGCACCUCGCUUGUCUCCACUCGUUCUGCCAGGCCUGCAGCGCCAGCCCCUCCUUUCAACCCCACUUCCCCCCUUACUUCCCUCUAUGUCGUCUCUGGCCUCCCCAAGAGCCCCCACACUUGGACUCUGGCCGACCCUGACGCUGUCCUUGGCCUUUCCCACUCCGACUCGGCAGUAAACAGAUUUUGGCGGCCAGAGGUAUUAGGCUCCACCGUCAGUCCUGGCGCUGGCGGGGGCAUCAAGAAGAAACGGCGUGGCAAGGAGGAGACCUCAAAAGGUGCUGGCGCACUGUCCAAGGCCGAAGUCGGUAAAAUGCUAUCCAAAGCCCUCAAGCUCUCGUUCACUCGUGAGGUUGAGGUUAUUGCCUCCACUCUCCAACCACCGUCUACCAUCCACACCUUCCAAUUCACGCUUCCCGCCCCCAACACUCCUUUGGCCCCCACUCCCUCUGGCGACCUCCUUCGUGCCUCUGUUCUGUCUUCUGACAAUCGCAGUUCAGCUGCUCCAUCUUACGCUUAUCCGUAUACCGACGAUCCUUUCCCGCGCCCGUCUGCUGCCUAUCUUGGCCCUCCCAGUUUGCUUGGUCACAACACACCAGCUGCCUCUCGAAGCCAGCCCGACUCGAAUAACAACACGGUCACAUAUCACGGCGUGUGCCUGACCGUCUGGUCUCAUGCUGACGCUGAGCGCAGUACUGCCAUUCGCCGAACUUUAGAAGCCGGCCGUUCCCGAAAAGAGUCGGCCCAAUCGGCCGUAGCGUCGAGACUGAAAACUCUGCGCGCUGAUGUGGCUGGCGAAGACCCCUCGCUUGUCGCUCGCCGACGUGUCCGGAGAGGCACCCGAGGUCCCUGGACCGAUGUUGACACUGACGGAGAAACUGACGCCGGUGGCGCUAGUGAAAGCGAGUAUGAAGUUGCAAGCACAGCUGGCCAUGGCCCCGGAGAAAGCACCCUUUUCCUCCCUGGAGACACAGUCUUUUGGCUUCCUUAUGCGCUCACACUCGUCUCGAAACACCCGGUCUAUGACCUAAUGCGCGAUUACCUGACUCUGUCGUGGGCCCGCUUCAGCAAGGAUGUUCAAUCACACACACUUCAAAUUUCAAAGAUCCUCGCUCACCCCGCGCCACGACCUGGAGACCUGAUUAAGUUGGACGCUAGUCCUCAAACUGAAGGCGAAGCAAGUCUCGAAGUGAUUGCACGCUUCCCAGGAGGUCUCGACUUUGGCCGUGGUCUGGUUGACAUCAAUUUUACGAUGUGGCCCUUGUUCAAAUGUCUGAGCAUCGACAAUAUCCUUACCAUUUGCGAGAUUGCUCUGGCGCCAACAGGCAGGGUUAUCUUUGUCUCUCGUCAUCCAGCCAUGCUGGGCAUUGCGGUGGCAACUACCAAGUAUCUCGUUGAACUCCGAGGCUGGAAUGGCAUCGCACUCCCUGCUGUUCACUCUCGAGAUGCGAAAAUCUAUGUUGAGGACCCCGGGCCUUGGAUUAUGGGCUUGGCCACCGAAGCCCGUUACAGCGUGAGACCUGCCCCUGAAGUUUGUGUGGUCGAUCUGGACAUCAACUACUUGAGCUGCCCUUCUCCGCCCGCCGGCGCUGUUUCAGUCAAGCAACAGCGCGAAAAGUACCGACAGAAGCUGCUGGCUGCUUUCGACUCGCAUUACCACCCGGAUCACUCCAUCCCAAGGCGAGUCACAAUUGAAUUCAAAGAGGCUUUCCCGGCGGGCCGUUUCCGCCCUGUAUGCAAGAUCCAAGCGAAGCGAGGUGCUUCCUCUGCGGCGGUGGCAGAGCAAAUUCAGCCUCCCGAGUGGUGGAAUUCGACCCGCGUCAUCCAGGCGUUCGAUAUGGUUUUGCAGUCGAAAGCGAAGAAGCCAUCGUUCCUCAAACGCAUCAGCUCGUUUGGUACUCCCAAGCGACCAGCUGAACUCACAGCUGCCGAACAACAUAUUCAGCUCUCUAUCCGGAAGCGCGCAACUGCCUUUGUUGACGCUCGUGAUGAUUUGGAGACCAAGAUUGGCCGUCUGUCUCGGAGACUCAACUACCUCAUGACCGAGAGCGAGCUUUGGACACAGAAGUUUGUCACCUUUGAGCAAUACGCUGAAAAAUUGAGUGCGGAGGCCACCCAACUUCGCUCCAAGAUCAACAAGGAGCAACGGGAAACCAAGCGGUUGUCCGGUAUUGUUACUUUGACGUCUGCAGAAAAAACGCGUCUUCAAACUCAACUGAAGGACACGGAGGCAGCUCACCGAGAGGCCAUGUCUGAACUUGACCGUAUGCGGGAGACAAUGGAUAGAAUGGAACAGGAGCGAGUUGAGAUGGUUGCCGAAGUCGAGGCUCAAAUCGAGCGGGCAUUGGCCUCAAUGGCGGUAGAUAUUGAGUCUGACUACUCCAGCUCUCGCCCAAGUUCCCGCGCAAGCUCAUUGCCCAGCAGCCGUGCCACAUCACGCUCACGUCGCGAGAGCGAAACGAAGCGCCCGCUUCGCUCGUUCGGAACUGAGUCGACUCUCGCUGAAGAAUAUGAGGCAUCAGCCCCUGUCAACAACAAACAGACGGAGACGAUUCCGGAGGAGGAGGAAACGCCUGCUUCGCCGCGCAACAAGCGUUUCUCCGCUACCGAGGCCGAUUUGCAGCAGGACGGCAUGAUUGCGGUGGACGAAAAUAUCAGCAUGAAGAGCGACCGGAUUGCCCAGAAGGUGCUUGAGAUCCAACAGAAGUUGGAAACCGCUCUGGCCAAUGACCGUCGCACUCAUCGCAAGCGUCCCUCGGCUGGCCGGGAGAGCGAGGGAGAUACCUCUGAGACCACUUCUAGUCGAGCUCGGCAUGGUAGACCAGCGCGUUCAGCCAAUCGUACGGUCACAAAGGGCAGAACUCGCAGCAGCACCGCCUCCUCCACCAAAACCAUUCAUGACGAUUCCCAACAAUACCCGCGGACAAUCCUAAUCAAGCCAGCAGAGUCGGAGGACCAACAGUCUGCAGCUGCUGCUGACAACAACACUCUAGAGCACGCACCAUCGGCGGCAUUGAACUCGAGCACACUUUCACCUGUGCCGGAAAUCCAACCCAAGUCACGUGGGCGGAGCGCCAGCCGGACACCGUCCCAGUUGACAACAGACGAUGACUCGGAUUUCCAGAGCGCGUACAGCCAGAGCAGCCAGGAAGACGAGGAUCAUCAACACCAGCGCACAAGCCCCUUGCCUUCGGAGGAGUUUGGCGUUUACCCGUCCCGUGACCGGGUCGUGAGCACUGCGACUGUCGUUGGGGGCCAGGAGACGACACCGACCAGUGCUGGGUUCCAGCGCGUAGAGAAUUAA